AUGGCUGCCGCCACAAAGGAUCGGCCCCAAGCGGUCACGUUUUCCGACGUAGCCUCCCUCGAGCGGCACCUCGACGGUUGCUGGGACCUGCAAUGGGCUCGCUUCGACGAUCCGAACAUGCACGUGCCAGGUGGUCUGAACGACUUCUACGGCUCUGGAAACCUCAUCUACCAUUCGGGUGCUCGACAAAUGUCAGCCAUCAUGCUCGAAGGGCCAGAGGGUGGCAGAAGACAUCUCGAGGAUGCUUCAGAAAAGACGCCGUACCCUCCCGCCAGCUUUUUGCAUGAUACGCACACCGAAGCCUGGGCCGACGUCGCGCGGUCUUCGUUGGCGUACACUGCCAGAUACAGCAUCGACAUGGGCUCGAGCAGCUUGGCCACGGCGAUCAGAGAGGUCACGAUCCAUCAUCACAUCACUCAAAGCACGCAACCUGCAUGGCACGGGCGUCUGGUGAGCCGCCGAGCGACCUUUGAAACUUCGCAAGCCACGCCUUGCUGCAUUGCUGGCGACUUCAUGCGGCUCGUGCCCACUGGCGGCCCGCCGUGCACGUUGUACUUCAAGCGGGCUCAGCUUUCGCAUGGAAGCGGGUAG